GCCACUGAUACUACAAUAGUCAAUAGGUCCAUAAUUAUUACUACUACUAGUUUAUUCUUGCUGCACAAUCAGUUUAGAUAAGUUGAAUUUUUGGCAUAAAUUUAAGAAAUGUGUAACAGAUACUCCCUUAUUUAAAUGAAGAAUGUUGUGUACUAUUAAAUGAAUUACAGACUACAGUCGUCAACCGUGUCUGUUAUGUCAGUGAUUUUUUUUUUGCUAAACAGGACUGUUUUGGUGUCAUAUAGGUAAAAUUUAGAAAAUCAAUUGAUAAUGAAAAAUGAAGGGUGUAGAUAGCUCCCAAACGAAUAAAGAAGGGAUGACAAAUAAACCUUUAAUAACAUGUGCUGGUGAUUGGAACUUAUUUUGCACAUUAGAAGCACCAUUAGUAGCUGCAAUUCCUCAAGAUUCAUGUGAGUGGAGGCGGUCAUAUGGGCGGACCACAAAAUUUGUCUAUUUGGAUGCUUCCUUCAUCAAAUAUAAUCCAGACAAAGUAUACCCGGAAUACAAUUUAUUAAAACGUCCAAUAUUUCAUAUAUAUUGGACAGAUUGUAUGGAUAUUGAAUUUUAUAAAACACAUCUCCGAGAAGAUGUGGAGACAUGGUUUAAGCAGCUUGAAAAAAAUAAUAUUACGGAUUGGAUGGUGGUCUUAGUAGAAACAUAUGAUAUAAGAAAAACAAAUAAACUAAUUCCAAGAACAACAGUUCUUGAUAAAAUAAAAGGGGAAUUUGCAAUAAAACAUACAGAGGAUAGGUUUAUAUCUGUUAUUAAUCCAAUUAAAUCUGAAGCUCGAAGUGCUGAUUCAUGGAGGGGUUUAAUAGCAAAAUUAAGACAUUUCAUUCUAGUUGGAUACAACAAGGUGUUAAAUAAGUUUGAAGAAUAUAUGAGAGAGCAGAGGGAGAGAAGAAAUGAUCCAGAGUGGGAUUUUUGUAAAUAUUUUAUUUUACAGGAGCAACUAGCAUUUGUUCUUGAAAUGCUAGGCUUAUACGAAGAAUCCCUAGUCCAGUAUGAUGAAUUGGAUGCAUUGUUCUCCCAAUUUGUUCUCAAUUCUAAUAUAACAGAAAGUCCAAAGUGGCUUGAUAAGUUUAAGCAACCAAUAACCUCGUGGCAAGCCAUAAGACUGACUGCAGUUGUGCCACAACAUUUAAGAGAAUUAAUAAUAAAACAGAAAGCCUCUCUACUAGAUUUUAGGAGCUAUUUAUUUCAACGUCAAAGUGCCAUGCUGUUACUUACUUAUAAGCCAGCUGAGAUUGCAUCCCGUUGCUUGAGCACAGUUCACAACACACAACUGGAGCUGUCGCUGCUAAAUGCUCAAUCAAUAGACGGAGCCCCAGCUUGUUGGGCACACCUAGCUUGUGUGGAGACACUGCAUGUGUGUGAAUCCUGUACUGAAAUGCAGGCACCGUUGUUACAUAAUGCCAAGGAUAAGCUUCACGAGCUUGGUAAACUAUGUGGCUUACUUCCUGGUUGUCCAGAGCCCAGUUCCGAACAACUCCACCUGGUUGUAAUGUUAUCAGCCGGAAUGGGUGAUUCAGAGACAAACAACAAAAUAUCCCCCACUGUGAGAUUGAAAGAAGCUCUCUGCAGCAAGACUACUUUCCAGCAAUAUUAUUUAGAGUUGGCCGAAUUAGCUAUGGGAACAUAUAAACAUAUUGGGAGAUUAAGAUUCGCUCGUCAGAUAGGGAGGGAUCUCGCGGCAUUCUAUUCAGAGCUGGGUGAGACCAGCAAAGCAGUAGUAUUCCUCGUCGAUGCCCUGAGGUCUUACGAGGAGCAGGGCUGGAUGGAUUUAGCAGCACAGACUAGACUAGAGUUGGUCGCUGCUGCUAAGAAAAUGAAGGACUAUGAAAGAUACACGAAAUUAUCAGCUAGAAUAGCAAGCACGGUGGAAUUAGAAAUUCUAGUCAGACAUUUCUACUUCGAAGAGAUGAUGAAGUCUAUUAAAGAGAGUCUCAGUGAUAAACAGAAAGCUGUUCAAACAGAGCUCAAUGAUUGCUUUCAGCUCAUAUCAGUAACUCUCCUGCCGUCCGAACGUGGUAUUUAUAUUACUGAAAAUAAGGUUCAAGUAAGACUGGUGUUUGAAAGUCUGUUGCCAAAGGAUGUGGCUUGUACUCAAGCGGCGAUAUGUAUAGAUGUGUACACAGAAAGGCAGACAGAAAAACAGACGCCGGUGAAAACCUCUAAGACUGAUUUAAGUAGUGUAGGAACACAGAGUCCAAAGAAAUCUGAUGAUGUUUCUAACAAUUUAGUUAAAAGUAUAAAACUAGAUGAUUUAAAACCUAAGGAUCCAUUACUCAAUCCAAUGCACAUUAUAUCAAAACUUCACUACAAAGAGGACAAAACUCUUCAAAAGGCUACAGUGGAAUGUCUAAAUCAAAAGAUUACACUAAAACGCUCUGAUAGCAGUAAAUAUAGAAAACCUUCUGCCCCAGUGAGAAGUAAUUACGAGUUAAGUUUUUCGAAAAAUAAUAUUAUAAUCCAUCCGGGCUUGAAUGAUAUUGUGCUUGAAUAUGUUCCAACGAAAUGUGGCACUUUCAAACUUGGUCUGGUUUCAUUAACGAUAGAAGAGAAAUUGGAGUUUUUAUCGGAUGCUUUGUUGAAUAUUAAAAUGGGCUACGAAGUGGUCACGCAAGGAGUAUCUGUAUAUUUGAAUAAAGUUGAGCCGAAGAAAGAUUUAGUUGCCGGUCUUGAACAGGAGAUGGAGCUAGUUGUAACUAACGGCAGUUCUAAAUUAGAAGAGAAUUCUACAAUACUUCUAAAGACAUCAACGGGCCUGCAGAUGAGAUUCGCAGACGAUUCCGAAUUAUCUCGCGAACUGAGCGUGAAAGUUGAGGCAACUGAACCUUUCUAUACAUCGAGAACAUCGUUAAGAUUGUAUGCUACUUUGAUGCCAAGACGGGAGAAAAGUAUAGAACACUCGGUGUGGCUAACAUGUCCAUGGUUGGAGACUGUGAUGGAAGUCCCCCUCCACUUCACCCCACCCCUGUUAGCGACGUGGCGGCUACUUACUUCGAACACCAGAAAGUUCGUGAAUGUCACAGUAAAGUCUGUAGUUGCUCAUUUAGUUAGCUUUGUACUGAGUGAGCCCAAGUUGGAGUGCGACGGUAAUAUAACCGUCUCUGAUUUGAAUCCGAAGACUUGUCGAAGUUUGUUGGUGUCCUCCGAAGGCACUACAGUAUCAUUCAUGUGGGAGCUACUCAAAGACCCAUUGGUGAAAGCUGGAGCAAUGAAAGCAACAUUCAGUGUUCAAUACCAGUUACCUGACGAUGAACAGUCUAGAAGUUUCUUGUGUCCAUUUGAUAUACAGGACUACACAACAUUAUUUGUUAUCCGGACAAAGCUGGAACCCGGGAAAGGCUCGGACUUCUGUAGGGCAUCACAGGUCUGCUGUUUACACUUGACUGUGCAAAGGGUAAACGAGACUGAUUACACGCUUCUUAUGUACGAGGUCUUGGCCGACCAGACCAUGUGGGCCGUGUUGGGUCGGACUGCGGGAGUGAUAACCAUGGACAGUUCGGGCUCCGGGACCGGUCAAUGCGUGUCGCUCGACGUAAUGCCCCUGGUGGCGGGCUACCUGCCUCUACCCACCGUGCGGCUAUCCAAGUACAUCGCAGCUAGCAAAGAUCCAAAGAAUGACAUGUCAGUUCACCCCAGGCUGGAACCGUUCAGUCCGGGACAGGUGUACCACGCGGGCAAAGCGAAACAAGUGCAUGUGUUAGCGCCGACUCCUAAGGAACAUCUUGAUAUUACCGCGUAGUUAUCAAAGUUUCAUAACAAGUCAAGACAAUUCUACCAGUGGGAGGCUCCUUUGCUCAGGAUGCCGGCUAGAUUAUGGGUAGCACAACGGCGCUUAUUUCUGCCGUGAAACAGUAAUGUGUGAGCAUCACUGUAUUUCGGUCUGAAGCGCGCCGUUGCUAGUGAAAUUACUGGGCAAAUAAGACUUAACAUCUUAUGUCUCAAGGUGACGAGCGCAGCUGUAGUGCCCCUCAGAAUUUUUGGGCUUUUCAAGAAUUUUGAGCGGCACUACAUUGUAAUGGGCAGGGCGUUACAACAAUCAUCAGCUGAAGCCCUGCUCGUCUUGUGCUUGUAUAACGUUCGGUUCGCGUGGCCUGUUCUCUUCAGAGAUCACCGACUGCUCUCGGAAAAAAACCUAUACCACUAGUAAAAAAAAGGUUGGGCUAUGGAGAAUAGUUAAGGUAUCGUAAAACAAUAUUAUGCAGUCAGUUUUUUGUACGUAAGUACUUGAAAGUAAUAUUUUUGUAACGAUAAUUUAAACCAUUCACUAAAACCACAAAAAGACUGCAUUUCGAUAUUCAACACAUUUAUGAGAAAAAAAUUAAUUAAUAAUGUCCAAACUUAUCCGAUAAAAAUUGCAAAUCAUUGACUAGUCAAACUGGUACUUAGCCCCGCACUAGUCACUAUGUGACACCAAUAGGAUACCUACAUUAACGAUUCACUCUAAUUUAUAAUGUAUAUCCAUAAUUACACAAUUUAAAUGUGAAAACAACAUUUAUGAACAAUGCGGGACUCGAAUCUCUCGCGUUCCACUGAACCAACCGUUCUAGUCCCACAUCGUUCAUAAAUUCUGUUUUUAAAUUUAAUUUGUGUUAUAAUUAAUUCCAGAAGUGGUGGUUAUCACUUUAAAAAUAACAAAUACAUAUAUACAUCAUUUUAAGCAAGAGUUUUGAAAUGUUUUUUUUUUGUUAGUUAAUGUAUAAUUAUUAUUUUUUUACUUUCUAGUAGGUACAAAAACUGAUUGAAUAUUUACGAUCCCUUAACUAUUAUAUGUAGUGAGACCUUUUUUUCGUAACUAAAGACUUGCGGUGCAAUCGAUCAACCUCUUUCGUCACUAAAUGUUAGUAUGCGUAUGCUAUCAAAGUACAACUCUGCUUAAAGUCAACCUUUCCGCUUUCGUUAUAUUUUUAUACCGAUUUUGUGUUAUUAAUAACGCGAAGUAAAGUUAUUACAAAUUUAAAACUUUUUCUGCCUCACAUAUAAACUUGGUGUAAAGUAAAUUAUAAUAAACCAAGAAUAUGCAAAAUGUUUACAAAUAGAUGUUUGGUUAUGAUUUGGUUUAUUCGGACGUAUAACGGUUCCUGAGUUUAUUUGCAAGGGUAUCUAACAUUCGGUAAACUUCAGAAUUAUCAUUGUAUUGCACUGACCUCUACUAUAUAGUAGAGGUAUAUACCUACAGUAUAGCGGUAGGUAUAUACGUAGGUAUACCUACCACUGUAUAAUGGUAGCACUAUACUGGCGGCUGUCAAAGUGCUUUUGUGCCUGUUUGAUAUUCGCCAUUUUGGCGCUGUUGGCCAUGUAGCGAGAGUCUGCGGUACUAAAAAAAAUGGUGGGGAACGAACGAAAUUAAUUGAAAAUGCAAAAUACUUCAGAGUAUUGUACGUUCCUUCGCAGCCAUUUGUAUGGAAGGCACAAAAGUUUGCUGUGAAACAUAUGGAACAGCCUGUCCAUUGGUAUUAAUACAGGUCAGUGUUGUAUUGACACUGUAAAUAUUCUUAGUUUAUUCUCAGGUAUAACUUUAUACGAAGUUUGUUUGUGAGACCGUUUGUCUUUAUCUUAACUCUGUCACUACAGAAUUACACGACUUGGAAGUAAUUUUAAACUUGGAGUAACUUACAUUGCGUUAAUUUAUAAGACAGUUACGUGUUUUGUGGAGCUCUAGCAUAACUCUAUAAGGUUAAAUUUGUGACGUGUCGUGCGAUUAUAGAAUUUUGUAGCAGGAUUAUUUUGUUUAUUAAAACAGCUGGUGCUAAUCAGUGCACUCUAUAAUACAAUCACUUGUUCGAAUAUAUUCUGGAAUAGGAAUUUGUCGUAAACUGUUACCUGUGUUAACGUUUCAUAGUUUGAAUUUUCAGUGUUAAUGAUGAGAUAUUACUGAGAUUUUUAAUUAUUAUUAUUUUUUAAUAUGAAUAAAUAUAUUUCUUGUAUUGAAAUAUCAUCUAUCGGGUACUAUGUUAUUAUUUUUUAUUUUACGUUUACAAGUUUUACAAUAAAAAAGUUACAUACCAGUGGCAUACCAGAGGCAGGAUGCCAGCUAGAUUAUGGGUACCACAGCGGUGCAAACGGAUAAAUGAGACUUAACAUCUUAUUUCUCAAGGUGACGAGUGCAGUUGUAGUGCCACUCUUUUGGGUUUUUGAAGUAUCCUGAGCGGCACUGCAUUGUAAUGGGCAGGGCGCAUCAAUUAUCAUCGGCUGAACGUCCUGUCUCAUCCCUAAUUGUCAUAAAAAAUGCUAAGUGUAAACACCCCCUUUGUCCAAAAAUAUUUACGUCCCCUAUUAAUUAUAUAUAAAGUGUGACAUAAAAUUCCCUUUAAAAAUUUAUAAAAUUAAACAUAAUAUAGCUCAAUUUAUAUAUUAUUAGUUCAAAUUAUUACAAAAUAAUUUCCAACAAAUUAAUAGAGCCUCAGGAAGCCAGAUAAGAUACAUUUAGUCAACGAAGAUAUCUUUUGUUAAUUUUGUGAAUACUAUAUAUUUUUGUGUUGUUUGUUGGGAAUUUUUUACGUUUUGAGUAGCCUGUUUGUGUCAAUAUUAGCAUGAACACAAACGUUUAUAGUUAAACUAUUACAAUGAAGGAAAGGAAAUAGACCAAGAGUUCAUCAUACUUAAUUAUGACACUAGUGACGAAGAUAAUGCAGAUAUGAUAUUUAAAUGUUUUUGCAGACCGUACAAUACCUAUCAGUCACAAAAACAAAAGGUAACUCCCACGGGUGUUCAAACUGAGCUACUCGCUUAGUAAUUUAUAAUGUUAUUUAGUCUUUAAUUCGCUAAGUUUCUCAAAAUCACUGUUGACAAUCAAAGACACGUGUUGACUCGCCAAAUACUGUUAUCAAUGCCUAAUUGUAUUAGUUUUCUUCCCGCGUAGUUUGACUGUAAAGAAGGUAAAGUAAAGGUAUUGUGGGAGGUUAAAUAUAAUAUUAGCGGGAAAAAUAGACGUCCUAUUCAAAAGUCGCUUAACAAGAUGGAUAUUGUCUGCAUAAUACUAGCCAAUAAAUAAAUAAAAAUGGAGUGGGCUUAAAAAAAUCAUCAAGACUAUGCUAAUAAUAGGAAAUAUCACAAUGCUUUUGUUUUAUAUUAUACAAAAUAUAAACAUACAAAUGAUUUAAGUCUUCUUUAGUGUUAAUUCGAUAUAAACAUUUACAAUAUACAUUUAUAAUUAUUGUGCAUAAAUUACUCUCCUUUAGUAAACUUGAUCCGAUUCUACUCGAAUGAGCGUAACAAAACCGAGAGUGACAGCUCCGUAUAAUUCAAAACCCACAAAAUAAAACAGCGCUUGGAGUUGGAGCUAGAUUCAUCAUCAUUUCAGCCGUUCACUGUUGGACAGAGGCCUUCCCGAAAGAUCGCCAUGACUAUCGGUCCUGCGCUGCUCUCAUCCAACCUGUUACGGCGAUCAUGACCAGAUAGUCGGUCCAUCUUGUGGGGGGGACAAGACCAACACUGCAUCUUAAAUUCAAAUUCAAAUUCAGUCCGUCGGACUAUGUGCCCUGCCCACUGCCACUAAGGUUUCGCAACUAUCUGGAAUAUGUCGGUGACUUUGGUUCCAUGCCCUUUCUCACAAGGCCCAUAGUUGGCGAACGUUAGCUUGUCUAUCAGCAAUAGACAAUAGUAGUAGCAGUAGAAAUGUUUGUCCAGAGUUCGUCCGAGACUGUACGGUCUAUUUCUGCUCCUGUUCUGGUUUAAAGGCGCUUGUACAUCUGUAGAUUCUCAUAAUUAUCCAUCUUAAGCCUUACAUAGUCUUACCACACAGAUUAUCGUGUCACAAUUAUGGGCUAAGUUAAGAAUUUAUUAAAGGCGAAUGUAACAAUGAAUCUAAUCGACGAGUAGUUCAGAAAAGUUCAAUUUUGUCAAAAGUAUGACCUGUCUGUUUCUUUCUGAUAAUUUCAACUACGUCGCGACAUAAUACCUAUAUUAUUUUAAGUGAUUAAUUAUCCGUUUUCAGUAAGAUAUCUGAGGUAUCUUACUCACAACAAUUGUGUAGGUGUACAUUUUUUUAUAAUCCAGAAUACAUAAUAUUAAUAUAUUAGAAAUGCUUAAUUAUAUUGAAUAACGUUUUAUUUAAAUAUGUUUUUGUAUAUUGUAAAAGAUAAUUCUCAUAGUCAGAAGUGGUGUUAAUGUUAGAAUUUAAUUAAUAUUGUACAUAGAUGUAAGGUGUUAUGGAAAUACAUAUUUAUCUUUCAUACCCUGUAUAUUACUCAGCUGUCAGUAAAUGAUUAUUGUUAAAAUGU